GGGGUUUUACUUCACAUCUAGAGGGCUCUAAUAAUGUUAAAAACCGUCUUUAGAAAGUCAUAAACGCGUGUUUUAAGCCUUAAUUACGAAAUGCAUUAACAGUGAAUCCUAUAACGCAAAAAUUCAUUUCUCGGAACCAAUUAACCGCUAUAAACGAGGGACAACUCCAGUGUUAUUUCUUUUGCUUAUUCCCUUGUUGCCCAGGGAGGUGUGUGUGUGUGUGUGUGUGUGUGUGUGUGUGUGUGUGUGUGUGUGUGCAGCAUAUCAGAGAUGAACAAAGGUGCAGUCAUUGGAGUGUGACUGUGUUAAUAAACACACCAGAAAGACAAGUUAACAUUAUGUUGGCAUGUCAUGUGUGUGCGUGUGUGUGCGCGUGUGUGCGCAUGUGUGUGUGUGUGUGUGUGUGUGUUCGCAGGUGGAAUUCCUCCACACGUCUUGCCCUCAAAGCAGCAACAUUUGUUGUAGUAGAGUAUGGUCAUUGUGAUAAAUAAUACACAAAAUGUUAAAAAAGAGCGAUUCUUCAUUAUCGUGCAUCCCACAGUUGAACUGGAAACUGAAAGGCUUUCCUGCUGGGCUCUGGUUGCCAUGGCGACCCACUGGCUAGCUCACAAUGGCCUGAGUGACAUCACUGGUAAUCCCGCCAUUGACGCUGACAGUGUGUGUCUGUUAGGAGGUGGCGAGUUCAUGUGUGUGUGCGCACAUACACACACACACACACACACAAGGUGCACAUGUGCAGCAGAGCCUGUCGUCACGGCGACUAUGAGAAGAGAGAUUGAUGGCUGAUGAGGGAAAGAAGUGAAAGGACCAGAUAGUCAGGUCUCAUUCUUCACCGCCCGCCCUGUCCCUCCUCCUCCCUGUCCUCAUGAUUCAGCCCCCCCCAGCCCAUCCUCCCUCCUCUCCUCCUCGCCGGCCGGGCCUUAGAGCAGGCGACGUCCCUCCUGUUAGCGAGGGGAUGUGGAAGAGAAAGCUAAGGAUCAGCAGGACUCGAGGCCCGGUUCUGGCUGAGAAGACUGAGGUGUUAAGUGAAGACCUCCUCCAGGCGGAGAAGCGUCUGGAGCUGGUCAAGCAGGUGUCUCACAGCACACACAAGAAGCUGACGGCGUGCCUGCAGAGCCAGCAGGGCGUGGACGUGGACAAGAAGUCUGUCAGGUCUCCGUCGAAAAAGCUUCCUCUCGCAACCCUUGCACAAUGCAUGGAGGAGGGGGCGGCGGUGCUCGGGGACGAGUCCCUGCUCGGGAAGAUGCUGAAGCUGUGCGGCGAGACGGAGGACAAACUGGCUCAGGAGCUCGUCCUGUUGGAAGUCACCAUCGAGAGAGACGUCAUGGACCCGCUCUACGACCUCGCAGAGGUGGAAAUCCCAAACAUCCAGAAACAAAGGAAACAUUUAGCCAAACUGGUCCUGGACAUGGACUCUGCACGCACACGCUACUAUCAGUCCAGCAAGUCGUCAGGCUUGUCCGGCAGCCUUCAGCCGGCAGGAGCCAAGGCCGACCACCUCAGGGAGGAGAUGGAGGAGGCCGCCAACCGCAUGGAGAUCUGUCGGGACCAGCUGUCUGCAGACAUGUACAGUUUCAUGGCCAAAGAACUCGACUAUGCAAGCUACUUCCAGACUCUGAUUGAAGUCCAAGCUGAGUACCACAGGAAGUCACUGGAGCUGCUGCAGAACAUUUUGCCUCAGAUUAAAGCUCACCAGGAGUCGUGGGCGGAGAAGCCGUGCUACGGGAAGCCGUUGGAGGAGCACUUAGAGCUCAGCGGGAGAGAUAUUGCCUUUCCCAUCGAGGCCUGUGUCACCAUGCUGCUGGAGUGCGGCAUGCAGGAGGAGGGUUUGUUCCGAGUGGCUCCUUCAGCCUCCAAGCUGAAGAAGCUGAAGGCAUCUCUGGACUGCGGCGUGUUGGACGUUCAGGAGUACUCGGCCGACCCGCACGCCAUCGCAGGAGCCUUGAAGUCUUACCUGCGGGAGCUUCCUGAGCCACUGAUGACCUUUGAACUGUACAACGACUGGAUCCAGGCCUCCAACAUUCCCGACCAAGACAAGAGGCUGCAGGCUCUCCGCGGCGCUUGUGACAAACUACCGCCCGCCAACAACAACAACUUCAAGUAUCUGAUUAAGUUCCUGUCCAAACUGACUGAACACCAGGACGUCAACAAGAUGACUCCGGGGAACAUCGCCAUUGUGCUCGGGCCCAACCUUCUGUGGACGCACAGCGACGGCAACAUCACAGAGAUGAUGACCACCGUGUCCCUGCAGAUCGUCGGCAUCAUUGAGCCCAUCAUCCAGCACGCCGACUGGUUCUUUCCUGGAGAAAUCGAGUUCAACGUGACGGGCAACUACGGAAGCCCUGUCCACGCCAACCACAACGCCAACUACAGCUCCAUGCCGUCUCCCGACAUGGAGCUGGUGGAGCGUAAGCAGAACGAUCAGAGCCGCCGACCCCUCAGCGUCGCCACAGAUAACAUGAUGCUGGAGUUCUACAAGAAGGAUGGCAUCAGGAAAAUACAGAGCAUGGGAGUCAGGGUGAUGGACACUUCUUGGGUGUCCCGCAGGGGCUCGUCCUCCUCGCGCAAAACCUCGUCCACGCCGCCGAGCGUGCGGGCGCCGACCCCGCCCACUGACGGGCAGGUCCCCGAGCAGCCCGGGGACCCCUGCGGCUCCCCCUCCCCCACCCCUCCUCCCACUAGCGGCGACCGAGCCAGCCCCCGCAUGUUUCACAGCAUCACCUUCCAUUGUCGCAAGGCUCUGCAGUGGAUGAGCUCGGAUGAUGCUUCAGACUCCUGUAACGCCUACCCCUCCCCCGAGGAGGAGAGGCCUCCUCCCCCUUACCCCUCCUCCUCCUCCACAUCUUCCUCAUCUUGCUCCUCUUGCUCGCCCUUCUCGCUCCCUCACCCCCACUUCUACACCCGAGCACCCCCCGGUAUGCGCCCCCUUUCCCGCAGCCCCGAGUGCGUCCCCCCCGGCCCGUCGCCUCUCCCCCGUCGCUCGGGCUACAGCCCGCCCCCCUUCCUUCACUCCUUGUGCCCCUCCCCUCAGCCGCUUGACGUCAACUUCAACCCCAGAGCCAGCCCCCCACACCUUCCCAAACAGGCCUCGCUGUCCGACCCUCUGCAUGCCCCACCGUCCGACUCCAACGGCUCCACCCCCCUGUACAUCAAGCCCCCCCUCGUUCUCACUCGCCACGAUCUCUUCCUGGGCUCCCCCAAGCCCCCCAACACCCCACUGUCUGCCCCCCCGCCUUGGGCCACCUGUAGCCGAGAGCGUGGACGGAAGGCCACUAGCACUCUGAAGAACAAGGAACUGUCUCCAGUGAUUGGACAAAAGGGAUUCCAGGUGACAGUGACCUCUAGCGGCCAGUCUGAGCACAGCCCACACACCCUGAGGAGAGCAAAGAAGCUGGCUCCGAUCCCUCCUAAAGGUCCUUAUGGCCAGACGGGCGCCGUGUCCGAGCAGUCCACGGGUCAGCCGUCUCCGGUCAGCCUGUCGCCCACCCCGCCCAGCACGCCUUCGCCAUACGGCUUCGGCUACCCGCAAGGUUACGCCACCAUCGGCUCGGUGGGACACAUCCACGCCGCCACGCCGUCGCUCUCCUCGCCGCCCUCGCUGGCCGGGGCGCUCACCAAGGCCCGGCCCACUCCCAAGCCCCCCCGGCAGAGGCCGAGCCUGCCUCCCCCGCAGCCGCCCUCCACCCCCGGCACCAGCCCCCAACCGCUGGAGCACUCCGGCCUCCUGGAUGGUUUGUCUCCUGGAGAGAGCAUGUCCACAGACUCGCUGUGCAACCUGGACAUUCCCGUCAUCAACAUGGAACUGGACGGUCUUCUGGACCUGGCCCACAUGUCCCACCUCAGGCACUCGGUGGCGCUGAUGGACUCCACCUACCGCAGAACCGCCGAGUCGGAGGAGGAGUCGGAGAGCACAGUGCUAUGAUAGGAUGGUCCAAACCCCUCACGCCCUCCCAAUUAUACAUUUAGCUACCUUUGACACAUCCUGCUUGCCUGGCUGCACCUGCACUGGAAGGAGAGGACACAGAAUCUCGUUUAUUAGCGGAUCAUUCCAUUUUUUUCUGUUUUCUUUGCCUUAUUUGAUCCACUUGCAUUGCUGCCUUUAACGUCACUCACAAGACACGUGGACGUCAGCCUGAGCGUGCACGUGAGUGUGUUUUAUUUGUGUGUGUGUGGAUCAUCAACCGAAUGCACAUUGUAGAUAUGCUGAAUAACACACAGGUCACAAAAAGGUUUCAAGGUCUUAGUGCACAUUCAUUUAGUGACUAUUAUUGUUGUCUAUACUGUACAUUUGCAGAGUUUAUAAGCAACACUAUAAUCAAACACCAGAUCCUAUUUUAUAUGAACACACACUUCCUCCUGAUAGAAUGAUUUAGAUUUAGAAGACCCUUUUAUAAAAGCUCCAUGUGCAGGCUGGUGUGCACCAACAACGCAGGCGGCCACGCUCGCAGUCACGUAAGACGUAGGAAAAUGAUAGAAAUAUCAAUACAGUAAUCCCUCACCCCUUUGCGCUUCCAACUUCGCGGCUUCACUGCAUCGCGUUUUUUCCAAAAUAUAUGAAUUAAUAAAUUGUGCUGUUUUAUAUGCUUGAAUAGAGCUUAUUUUUACUCAAAACAUGCAUAUUUAAGCACUUUUUUUCAGAAAUGAAACAUUUUCAAGCAAAAAAAACGACUAAAUGAAGUAAAAUACAAAUAUAAGGCAUUCAGAAAACCCAUUCCAAGACAAUAUGUAGUAUUCUGCACUGGUCACUCGGUGCCAGUCAUUUGCCAGUUACUGUAAUGUUGGGGGAAACACACAAGCACCAGACUUGAACACUCAACCACCCCCCCAGCACCGGAACACGCACGAGCACGGGUAUUAUGAUGUAUUUUCUCUUAUGUCUACUAUAUUGCAUAAUAGGAGUGUAAAGGUGACUAUAGGGGUGAUGUUUCAUGUCUAGAGAGCUCUAAUAAUGUUAACAACUGCAUUUUAGAAGGUCACAAACAUGUUUUCUAUGUUUUAUUUUGUCUUAUGUCUACGAUAUCGGGUGCCAGGGGUGUAAAGGUGACUAAUAGGGGUGUUGUUUUGUGUCUAGAGGGCUCUAAUAAUGUUAAAAAAAAAAACUUAUUUAGGUGGUUGUAAACCAGUUUUCUCAGCUCUAACUCCCAAUUGACCGUGAUAAAUGAGGGAUCAUUGUAUAUUGCAUGAACCUGACUGUUCUACAGUGUAGGGGUACAUCGUGUUAACUGUGGCUCCCUCUUGUGGACAUGAUAGGAAUGAAAACCGGCCAACGCUGUUUGUGGAUUGUGUUCAUUGAUGAGAUGAUGAUGAUGAUGAUGAUAGUGUUGGUGCACACCAGCCUCACACGACUCAAGUGUACCAGAAGGUCGUGCGUGCGUGCGUGUGCGUGUGAGAGAGAGAGAGAGAGAGAGAGCAAGGCCGCUCUGCCUGCAGGCAUGCUAACAUGCUUUCAUCAUUAAGAACUGGCCUGAAAAUGUGCUAUUUUUGUCCAGAGUGUCCACACACUGGUGAUGAGGAUGAUGAUGACGUGGACGUGCAAGCAUACUGUUUAUUUUGAGCAGAGUAUUUAUACAGAUAUAUUUCUGAAGGCUUUUUACGCGCAAGAUUUCAGACGUGGGACCAGACUUUCCUUCCUUGUCACAUGCAAACUUAUUCACAGUGUAAAUACAUCGUGUACAUACAUGCUCUGUAUAUAGUGACUUAUAUAUAUAUAUAAAUAUAAAUAUAAAUCUAUAUAAAAUGAUGUAGAUGUAUUGGAAUACUAGCUGGUUUGAUUUGUCAAAAUGCUGAACACAUAAAGACAGCUCUCGCGGUUAUUAGACUUUUAUUUGACACGAAACCAUCCGAUUCUAAUGAAAUGAUCGAUCAAUUUAGCUGCAUCCUGGACAAUGGAGCCCAUAUCAAUCGAACUUUGUCCAUCAUACAGGAAAAUUGAAGGAGGCGGGGGCCGUUCUGACACACUUUGUACGUUCGAGGUGUUCAAAACAAUCUAAGGUUCUAUGCUUCAAGGGAUUUGUUAAAAGGGGGGAAAAGCGUUUUCAAUAUUUUGAAAGCUUUAUUAAAUGUAUUUGGCAAAUCAUUUUUUUUUUACACAUAACAAAAUACAUACAAAAAAAUAAUGCGCAUUACUAUAUUUUCAGGGUUCCCCUUUGGAAAUGUAUUUUUAGUUUUAUUCGUGUCAAAAUGUUAUUUUUCUAUCCCCCCAUUCGUACAAAUGUUUUAUUUAUUUUAGUGUUUUUUGUAUCAUAUGUGCCGUGGGCCAACAAAAAACAAGCUGCACGCUGAAAAUGUUGUAAAAUUGUUGUUUUUUUUAAGGCUACAAAGAAAAUAAAAAAUAACAUCUUCAUGUAAUCAUUCAUCUUAGUAGUGUCGACUUUUUCAUGUUGCUCUAUGCCAGGGGUGUCCAAAGUGCGGUCUGGGGAGGGGGUGGCUGUUUUUUUUUUAUUGGCCCACGGCACAUUCUAAAAUUAGAAUUUAACAGGAAAACGUUUUGAAAAAGAAGCAAAAAUUGAAAAAUGAGUUGUAAUUUUACAAGAAUAUAGUCAGUUAUUAAGAGGCAAAGUUGGAAUCUACUGAGAAAAAGUCGUAAUUUUACAAGAAUAACGUCAUUUUAGUAGCAUAAAGUUGAAAUAUUAAAGAGAAAAAGAUGUUGUAUUUUUAAAAAUCAUUAUAUUAUGAGAAACAAAGAAAACUGCAAAUAAAGUUGUCAUUUUUUGGAAAAUUAGGUUGGGGAAGAAAGUUAAAAUUUUACGAGAAUAAAGUCAAAAUGUUAUGGAAUUAAAGUCAUAACUGCGAGACGAAAAUUUGCAAGAAGAAAUGAAAUAGUUGGAGAGUUUAAAAAACAAAAACAGCAGAAAUUGAAAAAAAAAGCUGUCAUUUUAUGAGAACAAAGUCAAAAUAUUGAGAGAAAAAAGUUGUCAUUUUACGAGAAUAGACUCUUAAUAUGGGGGAAAAUAAUGUCAUUUUAGUAGAAUAGAGUUGAAAUAUUAAAGAAAAUAGUAAUAUAUAAAAUAAUAAUAAUAUAAGGCACAAGAUCAAAUUUUUUGGAAAAUUAGGUUGGGGAAAAAAUUAUAAUAAUAUAGGAAUAAAGUCAUAAUAUUACAAAAAGAAAAUUUACGAAGAUCAUUUAAGAAUGUUUUAUAUAUUUUGGGAAAAAACAGCAAAAAUGGGAGCAAAAGGGUAAAGAGUUAAGUUGAUAUCAAUAGUAGGCUUUUUCACUGAUAUGAAAAAAAUUGAGAUGCAGUUUUUGCUUGAAAUAUAUAUAUAAGGUUUUUUUUUACAAAGUUGCAUCCUUUCAUUUUUCACUAUGUGGCCCCCGCUGGGAAAACAUUUGGACUCCCCUGCUGGGUUUGCUGGAUUUUUAUUGCUUUUUUUAAGACAAGUUUUAAUUUUUUUAUGUCCUGUGGGCUAAUGAAAAAUGAUUUUGGUAACAAUCAAUGCUGUUAAUGUUCCUUUUUUUCCCGUAACCUUUUUUUUUCUUUUCACAGUGUCCCAAGAACUUCUUGGGCUCUGAUGCGGCCAUCUUUAAUUGUUUUACUUUUUGUAUAUGUCGCGGGUCAAUAAAAAAUGAGCUGGAAGCCGCAAAUGACCCCCCGGCCGCACUUUGGACACAUCUGAUCUUGGUAGUUCUUCUUCAGUCUGUGAAGAUGCAACUUUCUUGCUGUCCUCACGACACGGCAGGAUCCUACGAUGGAGUAUUAGGGCCACAUGGAAAAAAAAAUCGGAGAUUUCAAGAAUAAAGUCGUAAGUUUACAAGAAAAAAAAUCAUACUUGUACGUGAAUAAAGUCGUAAAUUUACAAGAAAAAAGUUGUAAAAAAAAAAGAAGUUGUACAUUUACGAGAAAAAAAGUCAUAAGAUUACAGGAAUAAAGUUGUAAAAUUUACAAGAAUUUUUUUUUUUACAAAAAACUCGUAAAUUCACAAGAAAAAAGUCGUAAAUUUAGGAGAAAAAAAGUUGUGGAAAAGUAGUAAAUUUGCAAGAAGAAAGUCGUAUCAUGAGAAUAAAGUCGUAAAUUUAUGGGAAAAAAGUCAUAAAUGUGCAAGAAUAAAGUUGUAAAAAAAAAGUUGUAUUAUGAGAAUAAAGUACAUUUCCAAGAAAGAAAGUCGUAAAAUUACAGGAAUAAAGAUUUUAUGAAAAAAAAAAAAGUACAAAAAAGUCGUAAAUUUACGAGAAAACAGUCGUAUUAUGAGAAUAAAGUCAUAAAUUUAUGAGAAAAAAAGUGGCAAAUCUAGGAGAAUAAAGUCGCAUAUUUGCGAGAAAAAAGUUGUAAAUUUACGAGAAUAAAGAAGCACAUUUGCGAGAAAAAACUUAAUAUUAAUAUUACGAGAAAAAAAGUCCUAAAUUUACGACAAAUUUGCGAGAAUAAAGUCGGAAAUUUGCAACUUUUUUUCUCGUAAAUGUAUGACUUUUUUUCUUGGAAAGUUAAUACUUUUUUCCCUCAUAAAUUUACGACUUUUUUCUUGCAAAUUCACGACUUUUGUUUUCAGAAAUUUCUCGUCGUAAAUUUAUGCCUUUUAUUCUCGUAAAUUUACGACUUUAUUCUUGAAAUCUCAUUUCCCACCCCCCCAAUAUGGCCCAAUACUCCGUCGUAGAAUCCAGUGCUGAUGUUUGCUCUCUUAGCUGACCUGGACUUUUCUAAAAACAAAGAAAAAAAGCCUGAAGAGUGACUUUCCUGUCAUGGGCAGGAAAGUCAGCACUGUUUACAACCUGAUUAUUAUGAAGCAUCUGUGAAUCAUCAUGUGUUGCUUGUGCUUUUGUAAAAAGGUCAAUCAGUCAUCACAUAGAAGGAGGGUUUUUUUACAUGAUUACUUGGAAUGUAAAAACCUUGCAGGUUGUGUGUGCGUGUGCGUGUGCGUGUGCGCUGUGUUAAUACAUGUGUGAAAGUGUGACGCAUGCUUUUCAACCGCACUCUUUAAACGUGUCAGCUUUGCUGCGUAAGGAAAGAACUGAAGAAAUCCAAGUUUCUAUUGUUUUUAUUCUUUUGCCCUCAAAGCGUCUUCAUGUGCUGAACGUUACAAAGUCAAAUGAAUCAUCUUGACAUUCCUUUCCGGCUGAGGAGGCCCUAAUAAGUCUAAAAUGUUUGUGACAAAACUGUGUCGAUGCUGUUCAAAGUUUGGACUCAAAAAGAAAAACAUCUUGUCCCAAAAAUGUGUGAGGGGGAAAAAAAAAAGUCAUCAGAAUGUUGCGAAAAUUAAAAUGUUUUUUUAAUAGGAC